AUGAAGCAAAACCCUCAUGAGCAAAAUAGCAUGCAAUCUUCAGCUGCUGCUAUUGGCACCUCGUCUCAAGUCUGCAAUGAAGCCACCAUUGAAGAGUAUUUCAAGUCGUUUCCUCCAGGAUAUCGGUUUGCCCCUACUGACGAGGAGUUGCUUGAGGACUAUUUGAUGAAGAAGGUUAACAAAGAACCCUUACCUCCUAACCUCAUUCGUGAGGUUAAUCUCUACAGUAAAGAUCCUACCGAGCUUAUUGUUCAAAACGAACCAAUUACAGAAGCAGAGUGGUAUUUUUUCACUCCGAGAGAAAAAAAAUAUCCUAAUGGAUCGAGGCCAAAGCGUUCUACUCCAAACGGGUAUUGGAAGCCAACCGGAACUGAUAAAGCCGUUCCUCAUGGUUCUAAGCACCCUGUUGGAUACAAAAAGACCCUUGAUUUCUAUGAAGGCAGGCACCCUGGAGGCACUAAAACUGAUUGGAAAAUGCACGAGUAUAAAGUUAAAGACAGCAACUCCCAAAACAACCCCAAGCGCAAGGAUGACAUGAAGUUGGAUGAUUGGGUUUUGUGCAAGAUAUACAUGAAGAGGCAAAAGAAUGGAGGGGACGAAGAAGAGAGUAAUGGUGAUGGAACUCAGCCUACAACUGUUAUAGCACAGAAUAAUGAUGCAUCUUCAAUGGUUGGAACCAAUAAUGAAUUUGAAGAUCAGAAAUCGAAUGGUAAUUCUCAGCCAAUUGUCAAUGUGAAUUCACAGGAAAAUGAAGCAUCUAUGAUGGGUGGAAACAAUAAUAUUAGGUUUGAAGAUCAGAAUUGGAAUGCUAAUUCUCAGCCAAUUGUUAAUGUGAAUUCACAGGAAUAUAGAGCAUCUAUGAUGGCUGGAAACAAUAAUAUUGGGUUUGAAGAUCAGAAAUCGAAUGCUAAUUCUCAGCCAACUGUUAAUGUGAAUUCACAAGAAAAUGGAGCAUCUAGGAUGGCUGGAAACAAUAAUAUUAAGUUUGAAGAUCAGAAUUGGAAUGCUAAUUCUCAGCCAAUUGUUAAUGUGAAUUCACAGGAAUAUAGAGCAUCUAUGAUGGAUGGAAACAAUAAUAUUGGGUUUGAAGAUCAGAAAUCGAAUGCUAAUUCUCAGCCAACUGUUAAUGUGAAUUCACAAGAAAACGGAGCAUCUAGGAUGACUGGAAACAAUAAUAUUAAGUUUGAAGAUCAGAAUGGGAAUGCAUUUCAGUCAACUCUUAAUGUAGUACAGAAUAAUGAAGCUUCUUCAUUGGUUGGAAACAAUAAAUUUGAGUUUGAAGGUCAGAAUUCGAAUGCAUCUCAGCGAACUCUUAAUGUAGCACGGAAUAAUGAAGCUUCUUCAAUGGCUGAACACAAUAAAUUUGAGUUUGAAGGUCAGAAUUUAAAUGCAUCUCCGUCAUCUCCUUAUCCGGAACUAGGGACUGUCGAAUCGUAUUUCAUGGUCAGUCAACCUGUCAAUCAAGACGAAGAUCAAAGUGAUAUCUGGGAGGAUUUUGACUUUUCUAUAUUCGACGUUCCAAGUUCAGAAAAGAAAAAAUAA